AUGCCAAAAAACACGUUGUACGUGACCGGAUUUUCACGAGAAUCCAAGGCGGCUGAUUUGGCUCCGGAAUUUGAAAAGUAUGUAUCAUGAAGAAUUCACCACCACGUCGCCGACGAACCAAAUUGAUCCAACCAAAAGGUAGAUGAUGACGAUUAUUUAUUGAUCUAUGACGCGAACCCCGGCAUCUACAGAAUGUGCAAAGAAGUUGCAAAAGUUUAAAGAGUUUGAAAGUUCACUUAAAGUUCCUCCAUGCUUCAACUCAUUCCCUCCAUCAGUAAACCAAUUUUGUAAAAAAAAAAAAGAGAAAAAGGAACCCCUUACGACACCUCCGACAGACUCCAUAUAAUUCAAGCAGCUGACAGUGCAAGCAUUCAAGCAGCUGACAGUGCAAGCACAUCAAAGCUAGCCAUUUUUUUUUUUUUUUUUGUUUUUUACCAUUUCCUUCCAUUUUCAUUUCCAUUCCCAUUUCCAUUUCCUUCAAUUUCCUUCCAUUUUAACUUCAAUGUCCUUUCUUCCUGUCCAAAACCCUUCAUUUAAUGAUAUCAUUUGAUUUUUGCUCAAUCAAACCCCCCUUUUUUUAACAAACCCAAGCAGAGACUUCAAGAAAACCCGAAGCCUGUAUCUCAAACUUCAGAAAUAUAUUCCAUUUGAUUUUUCAACAAAAAUCCAAAAAUCCUCCCGUCUAACCCGAAGCCUGUAUCUCAAACUUCAGAAAUAUAUUGCAUUUGAUUUUUCAACAAAAAUCCAAAAAUCCUCCCGUCUAACCCCAAAAUCCUUUCAGUUCAUUUCCUUCAAUCCUUUUUUUUUAAAAAAAAAUUUUUCUUUUGUUAUAUUUUCCAUCAUACAGCCAAAACUCCUUUCCAUUUAAGCUCAACAUUCACUUUUCUCAUCUCUACCUCUAUAUGUAUCAGGGAACUUUACUAACUUUUUAGCUGAGUCAAUUUCAUUAAAUUCAAUCAAAGUCAAUCAUUUCAAUCGACCUUUUCAAAAUUUGGAGAUAAAAAGAGUAUCAAUGACAUUAAAUUAAAUAACAAAUGUUUCAUCCAUGCAGUCAACUAACACGUCAAUUUCAGAUUUGGAGAACUCGUCAGAUUAGACAUUCCACCACCAAGAACCACCGAUGGAGAAAAAUACGCAUUUGUUGAAUUCAAAGACGCCGAAAGCUGUGAACGUGCUUUAGAUUUGGACGGUAAGCAAACAUCAUGGACAGUCACCAGUGGAUUGGUUGUUCAAGUUGCAAGAUCAGACCCCUAUAGCGUAAGAUCUUCUUUUGGACCUCGUGGUGGGUUCCGAGGAGGUAGAGGAGGCUACGGUGGCUACGACCGUGACGGCGGAUACGGCAGAGACGGUUACGGAAGAGGCCCACCAAGAGGAGGCUACAGCCGCGGAGGAUACGGCAAUCGCGGCUACGACGACGGCUACAGUGGUGGUGGCCGUGGUGGAUAUGGCGGUUACUCACGAGGAGGAUAUUCGCGUGGUGGUGGCUACGGUGGAUACGACGAUGGAUACGGCAGAAGAGAAGGAGGGUACCCACCUAGGGGAGGAGACCGUGGCGGCUAUGGCGACUAUAGAGGAAGCGGCCGCAGCUACGACGGAAGCUCUUUCGAAGGAGGAAGAAGCAGAGAUCGAGACGGCGAUAGAGAAUACCGCGGUCGCGAUGGUGCGGGACGCGAGCGCGAGCGCGACAAUGGAUACGAUCGCGGCCAUACUAGUGACCGCGGCGGAAGAUAUAGUAGGUCUCCUUCGAGAUCCCCUGUGAGAAGAGAUAGAUCGAGAUCGCCAGACAGAUUUUAA